AUUUAUUCUCAAGUGAUGGAUACAUUCAAGGGAAAGAGGAUUCUUGUGACUGGAGGUUCUCAAGGAAUCGGAAAAGGCAUUGUCAUUGAACUAUGGAGACUUGGCGCCAACGUAGUAACUAUUUCAAAUCAGCCCGACGAACUACACACGCUCAAGUCAGAAUACCCCACAAUUGAAACCGCGUAUGUCGAUCUAUGCGACUGGGUCGCGACAAGGAAAGCCGUGGAGUCGCUCGGCGUAUUCGAUGGCUUGGUCAAUAAUGCUGGUGUUGCUAUUAUAGAGCCGUUUUUAGAAUGCACACCUACUAGCUUCGAUAGGACGAUGUCAAUAAAUGUUCGGGCCAUUUUAAACGUUAGUCAAGUUGUAGCACAGAAAAUGAUACAACACAAAAUAAAGGGCUCAAUAGUUAACAUAUCAUCGAAGGCUUCAAUGGCAGCCCUGCCAAACCACGUCGCCUACUGCGCUUCAAAGAGCGCCGUCGACUCAAUGACGCGUGUGAUGUCCCUGGAGCUGGGUCAGCACGGGAUCCGCGUGAACACAGUCAACCCUACCGCGGUGAUGUCGGAGCUCGGGCGCCGCGUGUGGGCCGACCCUGUCAAGGCGGGCAACUUGCUCGCUAAGAUACCUUUGGGAAGGUUCGGCGAGGUGGAGGAGGUCGUGAAUACAGUGUUGUUCCUGCUCAGCAGCCGAGCCACUAUGAUCACCGGCGUUCAGCUGCCGGUCGAUGGAGGAUUCUUAGCGACGUAA